ACUAGUGACUAGACGCUCCUCGUGUCAAUCCGCGGCUUGCAUAUCUCCAUAAUAUAAUUUCGGCGUCGCGAGCCGGCGCAGACGCACGUGCCACCGGUUGUUAAUUAUUAUAGUGACGUUUUCGCAAUCUGUGCUUCUUUAAAAUUAAUAUAUCGCCGAAACUGUUAAGAUGUUGAGAUCGACGAUAUUUUAUGGUGCUGUUGUGGCUUUGGGGAUAGGAAUCGGAUUUAAGGUGUAUCUCCUACGCCCAUCUCCAUUACCUCCAAUGGACUUUGACCGGUGGUGGGGCGAUGGCCCACAACCCGAGGAUGAAGACGCAUCUAUACGACCCUUUGUUAUUGUAUUUAACGAAUCGAUGGUAGAAGAUUUGAAGAGUCGUCUGAGAAACAGACGUCCUUUCACACCACCCCUGUACGGAGCCCAAUCCCAAUACGGUAUGAAUACCAAAUAUUUGGAUGAACUACUUACAUAUUGGUCCGAUAAAUACAAUUUUACGGAGAGAGCUGAAAGACUGAAUAAAUUUCCACAUUACAAAACAACAAUUCAGGGUCUUGACAUUCAUUAUAUUCAUGUGAAACCAGAGGGCAAAGGUAAGAAAGUACUGCCUUUGUUGAUGCUGCACGGUUGGCCCAGUUCUUCAAAGGAAUUCGAUAAGGUUAUACCGAUGUUAACAACACCCAAAGAUGGAUACGAGUUUAUAUUCGAAGUUAUUGCCGCCGAUCUUCCUGGAUUUGGCUUUUCGCAGGGAACUCACAAGCCCGGCCUGAGUCCUCUGCAAGUUGGCACAAUUAUGAGUAAUCUGAUGCGUCGUUUAGGACACAACAUGUAUUACAUUCAAGCUGGGGAUUGGGGUUCUCAGGUGGCGACCCAUAUGACGACCUUCAUACCUCAUGAAAUUUUAGGAUUUCACACAAAUAUGCCGGUUUCCUCAAGACCAAUCAGUAAUGUUAAAUAUAUCAUUGGAUCUUUAUUCCCAAACCUCAUAAUGGAUAAAAAGUACAUUAACCGAAUAUAUCCCAUAAGGAAACUGUUUGAUUAUAUCCUGCGAGAAAGUGGUUAUUUUCACUUACAAGCUACAAAACCAGACACAAUUGGAGUAGCACUGUCCGAUUCUCCUGCGGGACUAGCAGCAUAUACAUUAGAGAAAAUAGGAGUUUGCAGCAACAGGAAUCAGUUGAACACACCCCACGGGGGGCUUGAAAACAUUGACAGGGAUGAUUUGUUGGACACCGUGACCAUCGUGUGGGCAAAUGAGUGUAUCGUCACCUCUAUGAGGAUAUACGCCGAGGCAUUCGCUCAUGCAGAUGUAUUUAUGAUGCAUAACAUACCGACUGUCGUGCCAACAGCAGCUAUAAAUUUCAAGCACGAAGUGGUGUAUCAACCUGACUGGAUAUUACGGGACAAGUUUCUUAAUCUUGUACGAUCCACUACCCACGAUUUCGGGGGUCAUUUUGCCGCCCUGCAAACGCCGAAGGCAUUGGCCGACGACGUCUUCGAAUCAGUGAAGGAAAUCAUUAGCUUCCGACUUAAUUAUUAAGCAUGUGUACUUUCUUUUAUUUUUGUGUGUGUUUACUUUUGUAUUUAGUUUUACUUUGUGUGUGUUUACUUUUGUAUUUAGUUUUUAAGUUGACAACAAGCGAUACACAUUUCCACUGUAUUCUCAGGUGUGCACAAACAUGAAACAUCUUAAACCCAACUGAGAAAACGUGAAAGUGUGAAUUGUUUUGUAACAACAUCGCUUAUACCACCAAAUAUGUUUUUUUAAUUUUCUCUUUAUUGUAUUUCUAAAUUUCUUUUUGUUGCCGCAUGAUAACUCAACAUCUACAUGUAUCAGUGCUUCCAGCUUCAUGUACCUUAAUACAAGUUACGCCGGGAGGGCGUAACUUACUUUCCAUAAGUAUUACAUAUUCCUAAUGUUAGUAGUACUGUAAAUGCCUACACUCAGCAGGGGCAAAAGCCCAAGAGCUGACAAAAUAAGUGUCAAUGCUCAGGUAGGAAUCGCUGAUGAUACGUGAAAACACUACACAAUUUAUUAAUGGUCUCAAACCUAAUAGUAAUCAAAGAACUGUUUGAAUGAAUCCAGGAAGUCUACUAAUUCUAAGGGCCAAUCAUCGUUUAAGUCUCAUUUAGUGUCGCAAUAAAUAUGAGUGCUAGAAUACGCUGAUGGCUGAUAUGAUCAUUGUGCACAUUAUUUAACCAAACGGGCGAAAACCUAGCGCUCUUAAACAUUGCAAUACUUUAAUGAGGUCAAGAGGAACUUUGGCUUUUAGGAUUGGUGUCUCUUCUAUAGCAAGCAUUGAAACAGUUCCCUUUGACAGAAACAGUUUUCAUGUAUUUGUGAAUGGCCAUCGGACCAACAUAGUAGAUACGUUUAAGGUACAUGCCAACGAAAUGUCUGGCGCCUCUAGAAUUUUGUUCUACCUCUGUAAGAGUAGUUCACAGACAAAUUCACUGACAAGUACAGUAGGUUGUGUUAGUUUUUAGCCACUGAACAAUAAAUGAAAACCGGCUUUUUUCAUUUUUAUAAAUCACCUGUUUUUUAAUGUAAAAAAGUUAACACUAAUCUACUGUAUUUUCAGUACUGUAUUCUUAGCUAGCAGUACAGUAACAUUUAUUUUGCGAGCUGGAAGCAAAGUUAUAUUAUAUGAAACAUACCCUAAGUGUAACUGACGAUUUGAUAAUACAGACAGUGUGACGUGAUUCCCUAUUGACAAACCGAACAAAAAUGUUUGGAUUACAUUGCUGUUGUGAUUGACCCUCAUAUUAAUUCUUAACAACCGGUACAUUGACCGUUAGUAAAUAUUUGUUUUAAGUAACGGGUACAAUUUGUACAAAUAAAAAUUGUUUGCGAUUAUUGUGCGAAGACACAGACUGAUCUCUUUCUAGUAUUAUUUUCUUUAUUAUGUAAUUAUCAUUCAAUGCAAUCAGGUUAUUAUAUCGUCUUUGAUAAUUUUUAUAAUGUAAUGGCGUGAUUAUACAUGGUGUUAGGGUUAUUAUUUAUAAUGUAAAUUAUAAUUCGGCACAACAAAUUGAAAUAAUUGAACUGAACAAAAAAUAAAACAUUCCAAUGAGUUCUGAAA